GAAGUUGUUGUGGAAUAUAAAUUCCCAUGGACACACCGACUCAGUGAUGCCAAAGAGGCAUUUCUUAGUCCAGAAAUUGGGGGUAUGCAAGUUGCAGGACAUUUUCAGUUGAAAACGACCUCCAAGUACUAUCACCAAGUGCAGAUGCAAAUGUUUGUGCUGUGCCUUUUGUCAUGUGACUUUGUUAUUUGGACUACAAAGGGUAUCUUGACAGUUGAAAUAGCAUAUAAUGUUGGAUUUAUGAAUGCCAUUCUACUUAAAUUGGAGAAAUUUUGGAUAUCCCAAAUUGCAACACUGCUGAUAGCACAAGUGUCUCGCAACAUGCCUGUGCAAAACCAAG